AUGCAAUUGAAAGUGGCAUCGCUAGUCUUUAUAGUGGCUUUAAUCAGAGAGUCGUAUUCACAGUGUGUCAAUUUACAGCUUCUACCAAACAGUGCCGGACUGGCCGUAACGCAAAGGGUCAAUACACCGUUAUCGUCCAUAAAGUGUUCAAACGCGACCGGAAGUGACGUAUUAGCAGAGACAUAUUACUGUGGUAUAUCGCAAAUAAGGUGCGACAACGGAAAUGUUCUGGGGUCCAAUGGUGCCCUUUUUGUGGUCGUCCGUGACGCAAACACACUUCUUGUCAACACCGUUGGCGAUUGGAUGGUGAUCUACAAUGCAGCAAGCUUAUUUAAUCUUCAAGCCGCUGUGGGAACAUCCUGUAGAGUAACAGUUGGUUGUACUAACUCCACAGAUGGUUUCACAACCCCCAUCCUCCGGGAUUUAUUGGUAUAUUUGACUCCAAAUCUCUCACCUACUAUUUUUGAAGCCCCUGGAGUGGACAGAACGUUUGAUGCUAAAGCGACUCCGAUGAACACCCUGGUCUACAAGCUGACUGUCCAAGAUCCAGAAAACGACUUCCUCACCUACUCUCUAGCUACCGAACCUGCUGUCGACUACUUCAAUUUAGACCCAAAUAAUGGUGAAAUCCGAACAACCGUUGACCUCAGAGUUGCUACGGAGCCAGUGAUCUACAUCCGGGUCAAUGUUUCUGAUGGCUAUUCUACUGUUGGUCCCUUUACUGUCACAGCUCGACUGGAGAAUCUGAAUACUCGUCCAGAUAUCACUAAUCUACCAACGACGGUUCAUCUGCGAGAGGACGCUGUGGGUGGUUUCAUUGUCAGUACGCUCACCAUCAACGACCCCGACAUCUUUAACUCGCAGGAUUCCCUGACUCCCAUCUGUACCGUCACCCCACAGGCUGAUCAAAAUAAGUUUGUCCAAAUGGGGAACGUGAUUAAAUUGACUGGUUUUAAUCCGGAGCAAACGAUUUUUGAUUUUGAAACGACGAGAUUUUACAACAUAUCUUGUACCGUCACCGACGGCUUCCUGACCUCCCAGAACGAGAACAUCCUCGUCAACAUAUCCGACGUCAACGAACCGCCAGUCUUCAACGAGAACAUCUACUACUGUCAGCUAAAGGAGGCGUCGGCUGGAGGAUCCUUGUGCGAUCUCAGCGUCACCAUCCGAGAUCCGGAGAACAAUGCUUACAGCUUGGAUUUUCUUCCCGGAAACAACUCCAAUAGAUUCGGACUCUUGAAUACGGACAGGAUGCGUCUAACAUUUAAUAUCGAUUACGACGUGGACGAUGCCCAAUUGCCAUCGAAUGCUAUCUUAACCCUGGCAGCAGUGGAUUCGAUUGGGGCUACGGGAACGGCCAAAGUGGCCAUCAACAUCGCUGAUGAAAAUGACAAUGCUCCAAUCUUCAGUGAAGUUCUUCAAGCUAUUACUGUGGAUUAUAAUACGAAGCUUGGAAUAGUGGGAUCUGUAAAGGCUACAGACAAAGAUAAAGGUUCUAAUGGUCAGAUUGACUAUAAAAUGAUGGGCAUUAAUCCCCCCAAUUAUCUUACCUAUACCUUCGCUUUAGGAAAUGGAGAAAUUCAGUAUGCAAGAAACUAUGACGACAGAAUUGCAGGAACCAGUGCCUUCAUGACGAUCUUAGCCACUGAUAGAGGUAGUCCUAGACGGUCCUCAACCGGAACCGUUGUUGUAUCAUUCUUAGCAACUACGACCACACAACCACCGACUACCACCACUCGAUCUACGACACCAACACCAACAACGACCACUACGAAACCGACUACGACUACGGAAUACAACUUCUUUGCUCACUCCGAGAACGUUGCGUUAUUUACGGCGUUCGUAGUGGCCAUCUUGCUUGCCGCCAUUAUAGGAAUGUUUUUGUGUGCUCGACUCUCAACACUUGGAUACUGCUGUUUCCCAAAUAGUGCUGGUAAUCCAGACCCAAGCGAUGACUAUGAGUAUGAUUCUCGAGAAGGGUCGCCGUAUUACGAUGAUUACAGAGGCAAGCCAGGUGAAUACCUUUACAUCUGUUUUUACGUGGACCAGGGGGACCAGGGGGGUCAGGGAGACCAGGGGGACCAGCUGGUGGCCCUUGCCCUACUGACUCAUCGCAAGCGUCUGCAUCAGAAUUGUCAAUACAUGUAG